AUGACUUCGGUGGGGAAGGCUGUUGGGGUCCCCGCGACCUCCCUUUUCGAGGAGUACGAGCGCCUCCAGCGCAGCCUUCGGACGUUGGAGCUUCGGACGAUGGUCUGCCGGACGGAGACCCACCACCUCCUCCGCGAGGAGCACGCGGCCAAACAGGAGGUCGGGCGCAUCCAGGCCGUCCCGCUCGUUCUCGGGAACUUCGUCGAGGCCGUGGACGGGGUCCGCGGGAUCGUGAGCGGGACGACGGGCUCGCAGUACUUCGUGAAAAUCCUCUCCACGCUUGAGCGGGAGCGGCUUCGGCCGAACACGAGCGUGGGCCUCCACAAAAGCAGCAAUGCCUGCGUGCAGCUUCUUCCCAGCGAGACCGACGCCACGAUCUCACUGAUGACCUCGGCGGAUCGCCCCGACGUGGGGUAUUCGGAUGUGGGGGGCUUGGAUAUUCAAAAGCAGGAGAUCCGCGAGGCGGUUGAGCUCCCGCUCACCCACGCCUGGCUUUAUCAGCAGGUCGGGAUUGAUCCGCCGCGCGGGGUGCUUUUGUACGGCCCACCCGGGACCGGCAAGACGAUGCUGGUCAAGGCCGUCGCGCGGCACACCAAAGCCUCUUUUAUUCGCGUCGUGGGGAGCGAAUUCGUGCAGAAAUAUCUCGGCGAAGGCCCGCGGAAGGUGCGGGAUGUCUUCCGCCUCGCGCGCGAGAACGCCCCGUCGAUUAUCUUCAUUGACGAGGUCGACUCCAUCGCGACGAAGCGCUUCGACGCGCAAACCGGGGCCGAUCGCGAGGUCCAGCGCGUGCUGGUCGAGCUGCUCACCCAGAUGGACGGGUUCGACCAGGCGACCAACGUGAAGGUCAUCAUGGCGACGAAUCGCUGGGAUACGCUCGACCCCGCCCUCCUGCGGCCCGGCAGGCUGGAUCGCAAGAUCGAGUUUCCUUACCCCGAUCGCCGGCAAAAGCGGUUGGUCUUCCAGGUCUGCACGUCGAAGAUGAACUUAUCCCCGGAGGUCGACCUCGAGGAAUUCGUCGCGCGCCCGGAGAAGCUCAGCGGCGCGGAUAUUCAGGCCAUUUGCAAGGAGGCUGGGAUGUCCGCCGUGCGUAAGAACCGCUACGUGAUCCUGCCAAGAGAUAUGGAGAAGGCCUACCGCACCGUGAUUAAAAAGACAGGGGAUGAAAAAUAUGACUUCUACACAUAA